CCGCUCGCGCCAUGGCCCCUCAGCGGCGAGCGGGCGCCAGGACUCCCGAGAGCGGCGGCGCUGGCGCGGGGCUUCGGGCGGAGGAGCGCCGCCGUCUCAGCAGUGGCCAAAAGUGCUUAGAGUACGUAUGGACAACCUGUGGCCCCGAUGUGGUCCUUGGCCACCUGUGCUGUCUGGGGAGUUCGACCCCCUAUAUCCUACAGCUCAUCUGAUCAUCUUUCAUCAGUACUGCUGGGAACAGACUGCUGUUUACCUUCUGCUAAGCUCUUCCACUCCCAGUGAUCUCUGCAGGGCAAGAUCAUUGUUUCAUUGCAACUGUUAGGGGUGGUGGAAAGAGGCUUUCACAUCCCUCUCUCGUGAACCUGUUAGUAUGAAAGGGAAUGUCCAGAAAGACUCGCGCCGGAAGUGGCUGAAAGUGGCAUUCUUUCUCUCAUCUGCGAUGCUUGGCUACCUCCUCGGUGGGAGCUACCUGUUCAAUGAAGAUGGAAUUACAGAAGUUUUGGCCCAUCAUAGUGAAAGCCUACCAGACAGAUUCAUCGAGGUUCCCUGCUCAGAGGACUACAACAGCCACAAACGUUUUGAAGGCUGUACUCCUCGAAAGUGUGGAAGAGGAAUAACAGAUGCCAUAAUCAGCAGGGAAGAAGCUGAGAGAAUCCGUAGAAUAGCGGAAAGGGGACUGUCUCUGGGAGGAUCAGAUGGAGGGGCUUCAAUUUUGGACUUACACUCUGGAGCUCUUUCCUUGGGGAAGCAUUUUGUUAACAUGUACAGAUAUUUUGGUGAUAAAAUUCACGAUACCUUCACAAAAGAGGAUUUUCAGUUAUAUCGUGAUGUGAGGCAAAGAAUUCAACAAAAAAUAGCCCUUGCUUUUGGUAUCAGUUCCUCUUCCAUGUAUUUGACAAAGCCCACAUUCUUCUCCAGAAUAAACAACUCAGAAGCCAAGACAACCCAUGAUGAAUAUUGGCAUCCACAUAUUGACAAGGUGACAUAUGGUUCCUUUGACUACACAUCACUGCUUUACCUCUCCGAGUACACAGAAGACUUUGGUGGUGGAAGGUUUGUCUUUAUGGAUGAAGGUGCAAAUAGGACUGUAGAACCUCGACCAGGCCGGGUUUCCUUCUUCACAUCUGGCUCAGAAAACCUCCAUCAUGUUGAAAAGGUCCACUGGGGCACUCGUUAUGCCAUCACCAUUUCCUUCACCUGCAAUCCUGACCAUGCAAUUGGGGAUCCUGUGUUAGCAUAACAGGCGGCUAGAAGGAUUGAUGAGAGAAAGCCCUGCGUGAGAGGAGAGAAGAAGCGUUUUAACUUCCCACAUCAAUUUCACUGCACUGAUUCUUCUAAACGUUAUUUAAUGUAAUUCUGAGCUGUUUUCAUGCACACAUCUCUCUCUUAAGUCUUACAACCAGUGCCUUAAGGAUCAUCUUUCUAAGUUUUCUAGAACAGGAAGUUUGCAUCUGUAAGGUAAUAGUCAAAAACACCCCCUUUCCCUGGCAUUUCAGAAUUUGGGCACUGCACACCAGACCAGACCCAUAGACAUUACUGGGAAAGAUGAAGCUUUAGUCACUUCACUUAGUCCCUGCAGUUUUUGUUCCCUAAAACACCAUUUGGGGUAUCCUAUGAAACAGUUUGUAGGCAGGCAGAUACCCAUGAGGAUGUUGUGAAGAAGAGUCUUUAUCCUACUCUUGUCAUGCCUUGCUUCCCAUCCCAGUGCCACUCCUUUUUUCCAUGUAGUGGAGGAUAAUUGAAGCAGCCAAUGUUUAGUUUUCAGCAUUUCAACACUAACACAAAUCAGGGCAUUGUAUAAUGAGAUUGGCUUCUGGUCUAUGUGUUUGCAAAGAAGUUUUCUCUCUCUUCUGAGCCUCAGUUUGUUCAAUCUUAGACAGCAGGUUCCAUUAAAGUUUGGUUUGGAAUGAA